GACCACCAUGGUGCGGUCGGACCUAAAUUCGACCGCGGAAGCGAAACUCGUCCGCACCGAGAAAGGUACGUAAACGAUGUUUCCGUAUUGCAUAGCGACAGAAGUGCCAUCGCCGUCUCUGGCAUUGUCACUCUUAUUGGCGCUCGAAAUAGUUUCAGGACAGACUUAGAUACUUUAAUGGAUAGCUUAAAGAUAGAUGUGGCCAUGUCCAAAGGCCAGCCUCUAAAAAAGGCUCGAGGAGGGACGAAAAGCUGUACCGAGUGUAGACGUCGUAAAGUGCGUUGUAUUCGGCAGCCCGAAGAUGCACAGACUUGCAGAAGAUGUGAAGAACGUGGCUCGGAAUGUGUUCCACAGACGUACAGUUCCCAACUGCCUCACUCACAAAGAUUGUCUUCACGAUAUCGGAUAUCCAAAUUGGAAUCAAAAGUUGCUAGUCUAAGCAAUAUCAUACGUGAUAUUGAGAUUAAGCUCGGAAAUCUCCCUCCUCAACUGUCAGAGGCAACUUCUGCUUUGGCAGUAUCAAGUCCGGAAAUCUACGAGUCGGAUGAUAAUUUUAGUAUGUCGGAUGUGCUCGCUACAGAACCACCAUCGCAUAUAUGUUCACUUUUCCAAAAUGACUGGCUCAGCGUGAAUACCGACCGCCAAAAUGAACAGCUACAUGACCGUGAAGCAAGGGCUUCUACACAGUUACUAGAUACAGCGAGACACGCGCUGCAGAAAUUGGUUCCGUCAAAGUAUGAGGUUUCGCACAUCACCAGAUCCGCAUCCAGGUGGCUUGACUUGCUCCAUACUCUACUUCCACAGCCAUUUGCGGUCAAAUCUCACCAGGAAAUUCUUGAAUGCUACGAGGAGAUGUGCAAACCAGACACAAAUGCCAUAAGUCUAGCUACGUGGCUGAUAACUAUUGCCAUUACCGCCCAGCAAGUACCCCAAGAAAAUGACAGCCCUUCCAUCCAGCUCGAUGGUUGUCAGAAAUACUCAAGAUUCUCUCGAGUAGUCUCUGAGAUAGUAGAGAGUACACUUAUUUCUUAUGAUAGACUGAUAUGUACAGUUGAGGGCCUUGGUAUGGCCAUGCACUUCGUUCGACUUCAAAUGAGCCAAGGCAAUUUACAAAAGGCAUGGCUUCGAUUACGCCAUUUCAUAGCGGUUGCAGAGCUUAUGGGGUUGCCCAACGCAUGUCACGCUAUCCAGUCUAGCCAGUGUAACACAUCAGACGACUAUGAGACACAGCUCCAGAAAGCUCAGCUAUGGCAAUCCCUAUGUUCUGCCGACGGUAUCUCUGGGGUAGUACUAAAUCUCCCUCCAUCUAUUAGUCCAUACCAACGGCCGAAGCCUCAAACUUUAGCUAUUGACGGUGUUAUUCAACCUCGGGCAUAUAUUAGUAGGUUGAUAGAAAUCACCAGCAAGAUUCAAUACCGGGAUAAUACAAAUAUGACACAAGGAUCGAGUGCUGAGCUCUUUGCCUCUGCCUUGGAACUUGACAGGCAGCUCAAGGUGCUUGCAUCAAAGACACCGAAAUCAUGGUGGGCUCGAAACGUGGAGCGCGUUAAACCUGAUCAUAUAGUCCAAUUCUUGCAUUGCUGUAUCAAUAUGCGGAUUCAUCUGUCUUUUGCGAUGCGAAAAGACCCAGAUGAAGAAUAUAUCUACAGCCGCUUGACCUGCAGGGAUGCGUGCGAAUCAGUUACAGAACAUUAUCGAUUUCUUCGUCGAGAGCUCCCAUCUGGGAUUUUUAUAUCCCGGUGCUUGGAUCUGCAGGCUUUCAUUGCUACGGUUAUUCUCCUUCUCACAUCUCAUAGCUCGCCGUGCACAGAUCUGCCAAAUUUGCCAAUCAACAAAGUCAAGGUCGAUAGUAUAGUCACACAAGUAAUCGAGGUUAUGGAUGAAAAGUCUAAGAAUACUGCUAUCUCUCACUUUGCAGAGCAUUGUAUUAAUUCACUUCGCUCCCUGAAGGAACUACUCCAGGAAGAUGACGAAACCUCUAACAUGCAAGAGCUAACGUUAAAGAUUCCACUGCUAGGUAAAGUUCACAUCCGACGCAAUAGCUAUAGGCCCCGGGUGCAGGACACCCAAAGCCAACCGUCUUUCGAAAUUCCCGCAAAUUCAGGCUCAUGGAAGCCCAACGAGCAGUUGUUGACCGCUCAAGAACAUAGAUACCUACCUCUCAAUACCAAUAACCACAUGCCCUCGAACUUCCAGGGGCUAGAAGAAAUACCAUGGGACCCUCUCUCGUGGUGCAUUGAGGACCAGUAUGAGGAUUUCUUCCAAGAUACUCUCAUGGCAGAUGAAAUCGAUCAAUUUGCAUAAUAAUCCAUAUUUUAUAAAUAUAUAUAAAAUGGAGGUCACGCGAUCAUAGACAAAGAGUAUACAUCAGGGCUUUGGGCAAGUGUAUGAGUUUAUUACGGUGGUUAUUGCUGAGAGGGUUAGCAAGACAGU